AUGCCCCUAGUCGAAUUCAUCUCGUGGACCGCUACAGAUGCUUUCCUGAGCGACGCAAACGCUCAUUUCCGACCUGCUGUUGAUCAAGCUUCCAAGUCAGAUGGAUGCCUUGCCAUAUAUUCUGGCCAGGAGAAAGAGGACAAAAGUAAUUUCUGGAUGGUUGUUGCUUGGCAGAGCGGUGCGCAUCUCCAGGCAGCAAUGAAUCGCCCAGAGUACACUGGUAUGAUUGGAAGAUUAAAACCUUGCUCCCGCAGCGGGCGCCUCGACAUCCACCAUAUCGAUGUGAACAAGGACACCAACACCGCAUUCGGUGUCGCGUUCACGACUAUCGUCUUUCUUACCCUCAAGGCAGGAGUUGCAGCGACUGAUGCCACGAGCAAGGUAUCGACGGUCCUUGGUCGAUCGUUGGAUGCUGGAAGCGCCACUGGAACCUACCCUCCAAGUGUCUGGGGGCGAACGCAUGAGAGUGCCAGUAAGUUUGUUGCGGUAAUCGGGUGGCCGAGUGUUCAGGUUCAUGACAACACUAUGAGAGACAAGAAAGAGGUUUAUCGUGUUGCGACUGAGGAGCUUUUGGGAAUAACAGAUAUGAAGAGGGUUCAUGUCAUGUUCAAGACAGCGUACCAUGCAGCACUUCCUGUUUCGUAG